AUGACGCCCUUUGUUGUAGGGGCCAUUAGCAAAUGCAAGGAGGUCGGAAUAGAAGUGCACCAACAGUCACAAGCCUCUUCUGAAGCCGAGCCAUCACUUCAGGAGCCAGCAAUCGGCAAGCCCAUCUCGCACGGCCAGAUCAUCCAGCUGUGGAAGCUGCUGAAGAGCCACGAUGCACAGAGCUAUACCCUGGAGAACCUUCUUUGGGGUGCGAUGGUUUACGUGCCACCAGCUCCUGCAAAGCCCGAGCCCUCAGACGAGUACAAAGCCUUGAUGGCCCGCCUUCGACGAGAGGAAGAAGAGCGCAAAUACCAACGAAUGGUCUCACAGCCCUCCUCCCUCGAUGCAGCCCCAAAUUUCGCCCAACAGUUCGCCGAAGUCAACAGAUCGGCAGACAAGGCAGAUCUUGGCGACGACGAUGCGACUAUGAACGACGUGCACAGGCAGGUCAUGCUGGUCAUCAACUUCCUCGUCACUAUACUUGGGUGCGCUGCGACCUUGUGGAUUGUGGCCAGGUGGUGGAGCACGCCGGCACGGCUGUUCUUGACCAUGGGAGGAACUUUGCUUGUGGCGAUCGCCGAGGUUGCGGUAUACUCGGGAUAUGUGUGGCAUAUAGGGCAGGCGAGAAAGAAAGAUUCCAAGAUCAAGGAGGUCAAGGAGAUAGUGGACACCUGGGUGGUGAGCAAAGACGCGGAGGCUAAAGAAGUGCCAUCAGGAAAGAAGGAUCCCAGCGCAUCGGGAGCACGGCAAAGAAAGCCACGGAAAGGAGACACAUGA